AUGCUUCUAUUUUCUCAUUUAGAAACCAACAAGGUUAGCUCACGAAUCGGUAAAACACCAUCAAUCAAUCUGAGUCCAUCACAGAAAAUUAUCAGAGAGUUCAAGAAACGUCAAGUCAAGAAGUAUUGUUCUCCAGACACAUCUAAAGAUGAUUCAACAGAAUGGCAGGUCUUAUACACUACUCAAUUAACACAAAAAGCCAAGAAAUUUCACGAUGGAAUCUUAAAAGUUUUAAUUUCUGGGUUGCGGGGGAGGCAGGCGAUUCUGUAUGAUGAAACAAGGGCACAAUUAGACAGCAGAUUCCUUAAAAAGGAGGAAACUAUUACAGCUGGCGAAUCAAUGAAAUUUGAUGGUCAUAUAGUUGACAUUAUAGAACUCAGAGACCAUAAACCUCUCAAAGAUACAGAUGCUGAUGGAAGAAAUUUCUAUAAACAGAACACAAUGCCUUCCAAGAAUCAUAAUGAGCAUCUUGCUGAGUUCAAGAAACAUGAAACAAACAUGUCUUUCACAAAAACAGAUUUAAAAGAGUGGAAUGUGAUGUACACUACACAAAUAACCCAAAAGGCCAAGAAGUUCCAUGAUGGUGUCUUAAAACUUGCAAGUUGUGGAUCACAAGGGAGAGAGGAGGCUACUUUGUUAGCAGAAGAUGGAACAAUAUUGUCACAUAGAUACCUUAAACUCUCUGAAGGCAUCAACAGUGGAAGUUUAUUCAACAUGUCACAUUACUUGGUGGAAAUUGGUGAACAAAGGAAAUGUUCUCAAGGGGAAAGUUCAAGGAAAGCUUCUACAUUGGAAAAUGAAGAUGUAGAGAAUAUCAAAUUAUCUAAGAGAAUCCCAGCUAACAGACCUCUAUUUGAUGGUAAGAUUUAA